AUGCCAUACUUCUCCGAAUUUUUACAAUCCCUUUUAAAUGACCCAGUGGGCGCGUCACACUGUGACAAGGUUUCCCGAUUAACCGAGCGAUUGCCCAGUGGUCUUUUCAAACUGGGUUCGGGAACGCUUUCAACCAGCGCCGCUGCCGCUUCGAAAGGCGAAGGUUUCUCUUUUAACGGGUGGCGGCGCCAUUUCCCGCGGGUACUAAACAUGUUAAGCGUUUUUCCUGGUUGGUGUAGUUAUCUUUUUCUUUUCCUUCAUCUCUUUUCCGGCCGCCCUUACCGAAAUUGUCCAUUUCUCUCCUCCGUUGGGUGCGUUCCUCGCUAUCCUGCGCGGAACCCUUUUGAACCUCUUUUUUUCGGGUGUGGCUCCGAAACCCGAGAGAACGACACCACCUGCGUGCAAGAAGCGGCGUUUUGCCAUUAA